AUGCUCGCCGUGCGGCCUUCUUUGAGAUACCUGCUGGUCGGGUCUGUGAUUUUGUCCGCGUGUGUCUUCUUUUUCCUCCUGAAAACUGGGGAACCCAUCGGGGUUGUCGAACACCCGAUCUCAAAACCGUCAGCAUCACCACCACCGUCACCUUCACCAGCCUCAACCCCUGAACCGUCCUCCACACCACUUUUGCACGACCAACAACCAGAUUUCAACAUCACUUCUGCGCCUCCACCGAAUUUGGACGACCACUGCAAUGUAAAUAUUGAACACUUGCGUGAGCUUGGGUACAAUCAAUCGAUCGAAUAUGGGCGGUGGGACAUCGCGGUCGUGCGAACACCGGAUUUCCAGGAUUUCUCGCUGGAUCUGAACCUGACCUUGCCAGCAUUUGAACCAAUUGACCUCGAUACCGCAGUCGAGGUUGCCUUCGAACACUGCAGCCCAGAUGCCACAAUCCAUGCACCGCCACGGCAACCUCGCGCCGACGCGUCGCACAUGAUCUUUGGGUUUGCGACUUCAAAGGAACGGCUCAUCGGCUCACUAGAGGCAUUCCAGUAUUGGGCGGGUGGUACCGGGGCGCGGAUGUUCGGCUGCAUUGACGGUAUCACGGAACCCGAGAGGAAGCAAAUCGAGCAAAUGGCCCGCGAAAGGGAUAUCCAGCUCACGAUCAUCCAUUCCACUAAAUGGCUCCUCGAUGUGCAGGACAUGUACUUCGCUCUUGUCAAAAUUCUCUGGGAUAAUCGCGACGAAAACACCAAGUGGGCAGUCAUAAUCGACGACGACACUUUCUUCCCGUCCAUGCGGAACCUCAUCAAGCGAAUGGAGACGUACGAUGACUCGAAACCGCAAUAUAUUGGCGCGCCGACGGAGGACUUUGAUCAGAUGAGGACCAUGUGGUUUAUGGGAUAUGGCGGGGCGGGAGUCUUUAUGUCUAUGCCGCUUCUCGAACAGAUAAACGAACAUUACUCGGAAUGCUCUCUGAGCAUGAGCUACGGCGACCGGCGGGUCGCUGAGUGUAUAUAUAAAUACACCUCCACCAAGCUCACAUGGGACCGUGGGCUCUUCCAACUGGACAUCAAAGACAAUGCCGACGGCUUCUACGAAGCCGGUCGACCGUUGCCGUUAUCUCUGCACCACUGGAAGUCCUGGACCAACGUGGAUGUGGUUCGGCAAGCCAUGGUCGCUGAGGUUUGUGGAGACGACUGCCAGCUUCGGCGCUGGCGGAUCGACAAUCACUGGUGGUUAAUCAACGGGUUCUCGAUCGUUCAGUAUUCAAAACCCCUGACCAAUCUGCUGUCUAUGGAACAGACUUGGGCGUUGGGGCCCAUGGUCGAGGAAUUUAAUUACGGACACAGCUUGGGGCCACUACGGGAAGCGGACUCUGGCAAGGUCUCGUAUCGGCUGAAGUCGGCCACCGUGGACGGAAACGUUGUACGGCAAAUCUACGUCCAUGACCCGGCGCUGGAGGGACUUCCGCGCAGAGUGUGGGAGGUUGUGUGGACGGUGAUCGAAGAGCAAUGA